CGCAACCCACCAUAUAUACCGUAUUUCAUUUUUCACUGUGCGGCUUUGGCAGUGUUUCUUUUCUUCCACAAGUGUGUGGUGGUCCUCCUCCUCUUCUUCUUUUCCUCGUCUCGAUAGGUUGUGACGCGCAAAAAACGCCAAGAUGUCUGAGAAAAAGAUGACUUCAAGCCGCAGGCAUCACCUGAAGAGUCUGAUCCUGUCGAUCGCUGCAGGAUGGUUGGAGCAGGAGAAGAAGGACCUGGUCGCGGCCAAGGAGGCCUACAUGUCCGAGAACUGUCCUGCACCGACGAUGAGCGGAGACCACGCCGCCCUCAUGGAAAUCUGCAAGAAGAUCAGCGCCCAGAUCGAUAAGAUUGAUGAGGAGAGGUACGACAUCGAAGCCAAAGUGCAGAAGGCCGACAAAGAGAUUGAAGACCUGAAGAUCAAAGUGGUGGAUCUGGCCGGAGUGAAGAAACCUGCCCUGAAGAAAGUGCGUAUGUCCGCUGACACCAUGCUGAAGGCUCUGCUGGGCUCCAAACACACGGUCAACAUGGACCUCAGGGCCAACCUGAAGCAGGUCAAGAAGGAGGCCAAAGAGGAGCCGACUGAAGCUGCAGGCGACUGGCGUAAGAAUGUGGAAGGAAAGGCUGACAGGAAGAAGAUGUUCGAGACUUCCUAAACGUAUUGCUGCUGUUUGUCUUAUUUUUUUUUUGUCUGUUUAUAUGAACUCCACAUGUCUUAUAUGUGUUGGUUGAACCAGGAAGUCUGGUUUUAAUGUUUCGGGUUAGCAUGUCCGAGAGAAGUCGCCCUGCAGGAAAAGUUGAAGCUUUAUUGAGGAUUUUAACUGUAUUUAUGGGGGGGGGAGUUUAUGAGGGAGUUCCCACACCAACACACAACACCAUGUCUUAAAACUCCACACAUUCAGGGAAACAUUCACGCAAACUGAACCACGUUGAAGAAACAAUAAAGUCAAAUGUGGAAGAAAA